UAUUCGGAACGCUCCUCGCGCAACCGAGCCGGUUCCGAACCCGAAACCGAAACCGAAUCCGUUUUUAUCAAAGCCAUUUUCGAACGGUGUGCGCGAAUCACUCAUUAAAACCAAAUGGAUGUACAAUAAAAAGUUUUAGCCUCCCCCCUCGGCCAUUGAGAAGUGUGUGUGCUCUACUUAUUCUUUUAUUAUUAUUUCCUCGAAGCCAUUGUCAUCGGUCGCCGUGUGUUGUUGUUGUUGUUGUGUGAGAGUUCCCCGAGUGCGUAGCUUAAAUGCCAAUUUAAGUGGCAGGCGUUUAAUCAAGUCAAGUCUCAGUCUCUAACGCCGCCGCCGACGACGCCUCCGCUGGUGUCACAAAAGCAAACCGGAGUCCUUGGCAAAGCUUCACUUUUCUCCCUCUUGCUGCCAUCAUAGUCCCGGCGCACAUUCACCAAAUUCCCAGUGAAAACAUAGCCAUAAAUUAACAACUAAUUCAAUUAACUGCUGACAACGUCAACGAGCGCCGCUUGGCUUGCAGCGGGAUCUCCUGGUCUGGGAGAGAAAAGCCAGGAAAAGUCGGGUGCCGAGCACUGCAACGCCGCAGGAUAUGCGGCGGGCUGCCUAAGAGGAAUUCCAUUCCUUGUACCAGCCGCCUCCUCUCCUUCACGCGGACGUAGUGCAGCAGUUGCAGGCAGCCAUGAGCGAGCAGAUUGGCAGCAACACCAACGCCAACCCCAAUGCAACUUUCGGUGGCAGUGGCAGCGAUGACGCCUCCAUGGCCGAAAGUGCCGCUGAGAGCGGUCCAGACUUCGAUGCACUUCGCACUGCCUGCGAAACGCGGCUAAAUGGCAGCGGUCAACUAGCGGGAGCAGGAGCCCACUGCGCCGGCACCUUUGAUGGCUGGCUUUGUUGGCCGGAUACGGCCGCCGGCACUUCCGCCUACGAACUCUGCCCGGGCUUCAUCACGGGAUUCGAUCCAGCAAGAUAUGCCCACAAGGAGUGCGGCCUCGACGGCGAGUGGUUCAAGCAUCCGCUGACCAAUAAAACAUGGUCCAACUACACAACCUGCGUAAAUCUCGACGACCUCGAGUGGAGGCACAAUGUGAAUCUGAUCUACGAGGUUGGCUACGGCACCUCCCUGCUGGCCAUUCUACUGUCAUUAGCCAUAUUGGGUUAUUUCAAAUCCCUCAAGUGCGCCCGCAUCACGCUGCACAUGAAUCUAUUCGCCUCUUUUGCGGCCAACAACUCGCUGUGGCUGGUGUGGUAUCUGCUGGUCAUGCCCAAUACGGAGCUGCUGCAACAUAGUCCGAUGCGCUGCGUUGCCCUCCACAUCACCUUACACUAUUUCCUCCUGUCAAACUACUCGUGGAUGCUCUGCGAGGGAUUCUAUUUGCACACCGUCCUGGUGGCCGCAUUCAUUUCCGAGAAGAAGCUGGUCAAAUGGCUGAUCGCCUUCGGCUGGGGCUCCCCGGCCAUCGUCAUUUUCGUCUACAGCAUGGCCCGCGGUCUCGGGGGCACGCCCGACGACCAUAUGCACUGCUGGAUGAACCAAACCGACUACGAUAACAUUCUGGUGGUGCCCGUGUGCAUCUCCAUGUUCCUCAAUCUACUGUUCCUGUGCAACAUUGUGCGUGUGGUCCUCUUGAAGCUGAAUGCCCCGGCCAGUAUUCAGGGCAGUUGCGGUCCAUCGCGAACCAUUUUACAGGCAUUUCGGGCCACACUGCUUUUGGUUCCUCUGCUGGGCCUCCAGUACAUCGUAACGCCGUUUCGUCCUGCACCCGGACAUCCCUGGGAGAAUACAUACGAAAUCAUCUCGGCGUUUACGGCCUCGUUUCAAGGUCUGUGCGUGGCCACUUUGUUCUGCUUCUGCAACGGCGAGGUGAUUGCCCAAAUGAAGCGCAAGUGGCGGAUGAUGUGCUUCAGCAACCGGCCGCGGACAAAUUCCUAUACAGCUACUCAGGUCUCGUUCGUGCGCUGCGGACCGCCAAUGCCAGGAGAGGAGAAGGUAUGACUAAAGGACAUGUCGGGCAAGCGACGCGCCUCCUCGGGCCCCCUACAACACCACCAACACCACAGCCAGCAGUCAUCCUUGGAACAGCAGAGAGCUCGAAGCCAGAGCCUGGCCAGCAGUUCAUCGGCCUUUCUCGACGGCUGGCGCAGCCGGAUGCCGUUCCUGAAACGCCGCCAAACUAUCGACAAUUCCCGCCAAAGUCAACCACUCAUGGAGGAGCGGGAAAACGCUGGCGGUGCUUCGAUCCCUCUGGCAAAAACCGGGUCAGGUGCCGUCGACAGACCGACAUUGAUGACAACCAUUGCGGAAGAUGUUGCCGAGGCAGGAACGGCAGCAACAACAACAUUAUCAGAUGCAGCAGCAACAUCCGUUGCAGGAAUAGGAGCAGGAGCAACUGGAGCAGAGGAUAACCAUCCCAACGGAAUGGGCACUGUCAUCGUUCGCAUGGAGAGAGCUGGCCAGCAGAACAUGGCCGAUGAGGCGCUUUAGGUUAAUCCCUUCGAGUCAAACAACAUCUCAUAGUUUAAGCCACUGUAAUACCAAAACCAAAACAGGUCAAGAACCCAAAACCCCACCAAAAGCAACCAUUGAACGCAUUGAACCCACUUAGUAUCACAUAGGAAUGUUCCUGAAGAACCCAAAGGGUUUUAAAGUAAUAUUGAGGGUGUCUAAAAGUAGGCAACCGAAUUUGUUUUUAAAAGCAAAGUUUAACUUAUUUAUGAUCUUAAGUAUUAAAUGUUUCUUAGUAAUUUACACUUAAUUAUUAUUUAAAGAUUAAGAAUCUAUCAAGGAUUAACCAUCACUAACAGCAUUUUGAAAUUGUUCACUACAUAUUAACUUUAACGCCAUAAAUAUUUCACAGCAUACUUUCAGACACCCAAAAUAUUGUUAGAAAACUUCUGAAACAUCCAGAACCACUUCGUUAGCCAACGAGUCUGAAAUAUAUUUCGCAACCAUUUUGCACCAUGCUGAAUGUUAAGUUUUUAUAGUAAAAUCCACGAGUUUUCCUUGGUUUCCCUAGAUUGCAGAAUGCGAAAUAAAUUUCAGCCUUUCUGCUGGCAACGGACCCACUUGAAUGAGAACAUAUUUAUUGUACCUAUGAAUGUAAGAAUUUAUGUGGAUAUUAAAUAUCAUUGUUGUCUUAAGUGUUAAGCGUAUCCUAGGAGUAGUCCCUCCUCUCCCACGCCCAAAAAAUAUAUCUCUCUCUCUCUGUGGUAAGCUGAGCUUUCUGGCAAUCGCUUUUAGUGUGUCUAUGAAUGUACGCAAAUGUAAUAAAAUUUUAAUUAUAUGUA